AGCGAACAUCGACCUUGACGCGUGCUUUUGUUCGCCAAUUUCCUGCAAAUAAGUAUCGUUCGAUGAUUUACUGCAAAAAGAAAAAUGAGAAGAAAAACUAAAGUCAAAAUUUGUCUAUGUCUUGUCAUUUUUAUCUAUCUCUGUGUGACAGUUUAUUGUUUAUAUGCAAUGUUAAAGAGAGACAAAGUGCCACAGGAAGGGUGGGAUUCGAUUGAAAACAAAUUUGGUCCUAUACAGACUCAACCAAGUGUUAAGAAACAUGAUAUUAUCUCAAGAGGAGCAAGAAAUGGCAAACAAGUUCAUAUUGUUGAAGUAUGGGGGAAGGCAGCAAUUGGAUUAUACUUUUGGGAGCAUAUCAUGAAUGCAGAAUUGGAGUCAAAGAUGGGAGGGGUCUGGAGUUAUGGACAAAAGAUGGUCAAAAAUAUCCAAUUCAGGUAGGAUUUCUACCAGGAGCAGUACAUCAGUCUGUCAGUCCAUCCAUCCAGGUUCAGAACUGGACCUGGUGUUUUACCAAACAAAGUUCCCAGAGAUACCAAUAACCUCAUUCUUGUAAUUAAUGGCAGAGAGCCCUCAAAAGUAAAAGCGGCUAAAAUUUGGCUGAAUGAACUUCAAACAUUUCCACUGUUGAAAAAUGUAGCUGUAAUUCUACUUGGAAAUGAACAGUGUAAUAAUGAUUGGAUAAAUGAGUAUAUGAUCAUUAAUGGAGGAUUAGUAAAGAUGGUGUUUCUGGUGUAUGAUUCUCCACAAGUGGACAAUGAUGCCUUCUACCAAUGGCCAUUAGGAGUAGCAACAUAUAGAGACUUUCCAAAGAUACCCCCAGAUAGUGUUGAUGUUACAAAGGAAAGGGAGUAUACAUGUAAUUUCCUUGGUACAGUGUACCCAGAUUCUUCUAGAACAACUCUCAUGGAGAUCAUUGAUCAGUACCAGCUUAGGAAAAUCUGCAAGGUUGUCCCUAGAUAUGAGUGGGUGCCUAAUGAAACUGCAGAGAGCCUCGAUAAUUAUAUAGAAUCUCUAGAAACUAGUGAUCUUACUCUGAAUCCAGUAGGUAAGAACACAGAAUGUUACCGCAUCUAUGAAGCCAUGUCCCUUGGAUCGGUACCUGUCAUUGAAGACAUCGCAACCCAAGGCAUGUGUCAUUCUUUUUCUCUACGUCUAUUUAAAAAACACAAAGCUCCAGUUAUUUAUGUCAAAAAUUGGAAACAGUUAAAAGAUGUGAUGAAUCAAGAAUCUAAAUUGUCAACAAAUGAGAAAAUCCAACGGAGGAAAUUGAUCAUUGAUUGGUAUGACAGUUUUAAGUUAAGAAUGAGGAAUGAAUUUAUACACAUUUUGCAAACAAGAUUUUUUAAUAUUAAAGAAAGGUAAAACUUCCUGAAAUAAUUCCGCUGCCGAUUGUUUAUACAGUAGCCUAAGGUAAGUGAUGAAAGGUGAUCUCAUGUUAGAGAUUUUCACUGUUAUGGAUACCAGGCCUUAUUGGUAAUCAAUACCACGAGUCUGCAAUUAAAAUCACAUCCAUCCAAAUUCAUAAAAGAAGAAUUCUGAGAGUUUCUUCAGAGGAAAUGCUUGUAUUCAUUUUUUCAUUUAUGUCUCAAAAACAACAUGCUAAAACAAGAUGGCUCUCAAAUCCAGUUGUAUCUUUACAUAUUUUUUCAGUUUUACUCUUGAAUUCUGCAAUGGAUAAUGAAAACAAAUAAAUCAAUCACAUAAAAACUCAAAAGUCCAAGAAGUAAAAUAUUUUUGUUCUCAAAGUUAAAAUUUACUGAUUCAAAUUCAAGCCAUUCUGGCCUUAACCCAUCCAUGAGCCAUCUCAUCAUAGUUGCCAAAACAACAUUCAUCUGUGGUGAUUUGUUUCCUCAGAGGUAGUACCAGGAGCCCAUUUACAACAAGAGAGAUAUUUUUGAAGAGAGAAGAAUCAUUUGGUGAAAAAACAACAUUUAAGACAACCAGCUUGAAAUCCCUCUUCAGGUUCACCAUUAGUUUCACCAAGUUGCUUAGAGACCCUCCCCAAACAUGGUGUCUUUUCCAUUAUCUAUUAUGUUGGACAUCGCCUGGACUGGCCUUGCUAUGACCUGUGACAUUGAAGGCUUGCAGUCCUCCAAAUGUACUUCUCUCAGUGGGCUCCUCCUAAUCACCAGUAGUAAUCUCUUGAUGUCAUCCAGAUGGCAGGACUACUUACCCCCUACAUUCCACAAAGGAAUUAUAAAUUCAAAGACACUCUUUCUCCUUGCCCUGUGUAAACAUUUAUACCUGGAGAGCCCAAAAGAAACUGCCUUUACAAUAGUGACUUAAAUAUAGAGCAUAACUAGAUAUCAAGAUUGCAAGCAAUCUUACGGAGGCCCUGGAGGCUUUUGUGACCUAGUUUGAUGACAUAGACCUGCAGAAUUUGACUUUUGCUGACUUUAUUGCAAGUACUUAUAUUAACUUAUUAUAACUCAUCUGAUCUAAAUCUGAAUCAAAGAUUUUAUCACUUUGAAGCAAAUGAGAAUUUGAUCUUGAACAAAUGAGUGAUAGCAAUAGCUCACCAUGUGAGCUAAAACGUGAGUUUCGAAUUCUCUGUCCUUUGGAAAUGUGUUUUGGUCAGUAAGGUAACGGUCUACUUCUACUUCAAUUAC